CGGACGAUGACGCACGCAGGCUUUAGUAAGCGCAUUGCUCAUGAGAAGAGCACUAACCAUAGAUAUCGCAUCUGCAAGUUGUAAUGUCAAGCUGUUAGGCAACCUGUAAUAAAAUCUGAAGAGACGUGGACACCCGACAGUGGCAUUGGGCGAACCUUCAUUAUACCGUAAACAUUUGUUUCUGGCAUUUGCGCUAGACACUUUGACGCCACAGAGGCUUCUUUUAAGCAGCCCCUUCGGCACAGGAACGUGCCACGACACGUCAUUUGCGGUCUCCGAACGACGCAUUUACCACUUCUGUGCUUUAGAUCUAUCCAACAAGUGACCAGGAGAUAACAAAUCGUGCAAAGGGCACGGAGCUCUAACACUGAGCUGCUAGGCACUGCGGUCAGCAGUGUAAUGCGCCUUCUGCGCCCAGCAACAAGACACGGAAGCGGCCGCUCUCGCGCCGGACUCCAGCGCUGCGCCUGCUGCGCCGCCAUGCCCCACCAGCUCCCCACCCCCGCAACCACCAGCACCAGCAGCACGAUAGCCCAGCGGCUGCGGGAGGGGCUGCCCAACGCCCGCGACCUGCAUGAGGCCUUCCCAGCCAUACCGCCAGGCCGCCUCAUCCGCUGCGCCAACCCCUCCUCCGCUCCGCCCGAGGUGGCGGACUGGCUGCUUCGGGAGCUGAGGGUGCGGGACCUGAUCGACCUGCGUGCGGGCGAGGAGAUCCAGGAGGACGACCCGGGCUCUGCGCUCAUGCGGGCGACCGCCAUGCGGAUCUACCGCCGCGGCUGGCUCACACGGGGGCAGCUCUACGUGCAGCCCGACCCGCUAGCCGCCGUCGCCACAGGACCGCCCCCACCCCCAGCCACCAGCGACUCCCCGCCUGACGCCGCCGCCGCCCCGUCCGCAAGCAAGCAUGCUGUUGACGCCUCUGUAGAGGGUAACGGCACGCCUGAGACCGGUCCCGUAACUUCCACAGUACUAUCACCCGCCCUCGCAACUCUAACCGAAGCAGCAGCAGCAGCCCUAACAGACCCCAGCGACCCGCCAGCACCCUCCUCCCCAUCGCAACCAACAGCAGCAGCAGCAGCCAUAACGCCUACAACAACAACAACAGCAUCCGAUGCUGCCCCAGCCACCAGCAACAGCAACCCUACCUCCGUCUCCGCCUCCACCAUCACAUCGGCCGUACGGCACCACAUCUCCCUGCUAGACCGCGGUCGCUACUACCUCUCCCUCGCCUCCCGCCUGCCCGCCUCCGUCACCCUCUCCGCCCUGCUGACCAACCUGCUGCUCAGCAAGCCAGCAGCCCGGGCGAUGCUGCUGCCGUACGUCAACGGCGGCGGACUGCCCAUGCUGUACGAGAUGCUGCUGGAGAGCUCGAGACCGGAGUUACGGCAGGUGCUGGAGGUGCUGCUGAGUGCCGCCGAGUCUCGGCACUGCGUGAUGUUCUUCUGCCGCGCGGGUAAAGACCGCACGGGGCUGGUGGCGGCGGCGGUGCUGGCGGUGGCGGGAGCCAGCGAGGAGCAGAUCGUGCAGGACUACGCCAGGUCUGACGCCUACCACCGAGUUGCUCUGGCGGGUCUGGAGGGGCGCGAGGAGCUGGCGGGAUUGGACCGCAGCCAGUUCGAGCGGGCACCGCGGGAGGUGAUGGAGGCCACACUGGACUACCUGCGACGGAGGUACGGCUCCUUCUCCGGCUACCUGACCAGCAUUGGCUUCGGGCCGGAGCGGCAGCAGCGGCUGCGGGAGCUGCUGACCAGCGAGUGGUGAGGGGAGGAGGGGAGGCAGGCGGGGUGGGGGGAGGGUAGUGGGCCCCAUGAAGCCACCCCGCUCCUGUGUGCGUGCGCCUGGUGCUGGGGCCCGGUUGGCUGCUAGGUAAUGAAUUGAGGGGUGAGGUGGGAGCUGGAGGAUGGAUGAUGCCGCACGGGGCAGGAUAGGGGGAGCGGCCCUGGUUGAGGGUGUGGUAGGUUUGAGGAGGGGACACAGGGGGCGAUGGAGUUGGAGGGGAGGCUACAGCGGGGCUUGAUGGACUCUUUCCGUCCUGUGUAUAUGUUUGUCAAGUGUACGACAACAGCCUAGUGUGAUUGUACUUGUACGUGUAAAUUUCCGAUACCCCAUGUUUUGAGAAUACGGUUAUACAUACUGUUAUACGGGUAACCGGUGGCUUGGUGAGUCAAGUGAGUCAACAGACGGCGGCACACGUGGAUGGAGAGACGGGUUAUGCCUCGGUGUAGCAUGUUUGCAGGGUGAGAGCGGUAGGCUAAGUGGUCUGAUUGAAGCAGCUGCCUUCUCGUCCGGGCCGCCUAGCAGGUGGCCGUAUAACUGUGGCGUUGAUGUGAAAGAACAGAUGGCUGGAGGUCCUGAAUUGCACAGAAGUCAACUCCACUUGUUAUCUGCACAAGGAUAC